AUGAUAAUUUUUCAGAUUUUUUUUAUUUUUUUUUUAUUUAUACUAAGUAAUAUAAAAUGCAUUUAUUCGUUAAAAUUUGAAAAAAUUAAAAAUAAACUAUAUUUACAAGGGAAUAAAAAUGGUUGCAAUCAAAAUUAUUUUAUGAGAAAAAUAAGUCCAUUUUUUAUUAAUAAUAAUUAUAAGGAAAAUGUAAAAUUGAUGAACAGUUACAUAUUUGAUAGACUUAAAAAUAAUUAUAGCCAUCUCUCAUCACACAAAAGACAAAAAAAUAAAAAAUCGAUACAUAAUGGUAUUUUCACUUUAACGCUUUUUAACAAAUCGGGGGAAAAAGAAAUUAUGUCUAUUAAAGAUGUUGAUAAAGAGCCCGAUUUAAGAAAUUCCCCAAAAAAAGAAACUAUUGAGAGUGUGAAAGAUAAUAAAAAUGUAUUUUCUGGAAAGAACAAUGAAAUAGUUCAAGGAAAUAAGAAUAUGAAUUUAAACAAAAAAAAUAAAAUUUAUAAAUUAAAUGGAACCAAAUAUACUAAAGGGAAAACAGAUAGUCUAAAUAUUGUUGAUAUACAAAAUAUAAAUGUGAAAAAUUUUUUAAUAAACAAAUACGAGAAUAGAUCGCUAGCUUUGCAGGACUAUAUUUAUAAAUCAUGGAAAGAAAAAAACUUCUCAAAUUUUUUUAAUGCUAUAAAUGAUAAUGCAUUUAAUUAUAUGUGUAUAGAGCAAUGGUUACAUAAAUUGUCAAUAAGCUUAAAUAAAAAUCAUUUAAAAAUAAAACUAACAAAUGAUAACAUAAUAAUAAGAAAUAACCACAUUUCAAGUAAAUCAGAAGCAUUUAAUGAAAUAAAGAUUGGACAUGAUGUAAUAAAUAAAUGUUUAAAAAUAUUAAUAGAUAAUGUAGAUAAAUUUUGUUCUUAUGAAAUAACAUCUAUUUUAUGGGCUAUAACAAUAAUUUUAUUAAAAGUAAUUAAAACUUCAAAUACCUCUGAAAAUGUUAUUCAUAGUAUUAAAUAUACAGAUUUAAAUAUAUCAAUACUUAAUAAUUUUAAAUUAUUUUUUUCAAAAAUUAUUACAAGCUUAAAUAAAAUAAAAAAUAACGUUUCAAUAGAUGAAGCAUUAUGGGCUAUAUGGAGUAUUACUAAAUUAUUACAUUUUAAUUUAAUUAUUGAAAAGCAUUUGAAUUUUUACAAAAAAGAAAAUCAUAACAAAUAUAUUGUAACUUAUGAUUCAAAAUUGAGCACACUCAACAAUCAUGAUAGUAAACAGAUUAAUGUGAUGGAUAAUGCAAAUUUAUUUUUAAACUUUGAAAAUAAAAAAAAUGAAAUAACUAAAAUGAAAGAAGACAUAGAGAGAUACAACAAAUCAAAUGAAAAGAAACAACAAACAAAAGACAAAUAUACAAAUGAAAAAAUACAAAUCUUUAUGGACAAAUUUAAUCUAAAUAAAAAGGAUGUGAUAAAUAUAUUUGAGAUAUUUAAUUAUAUUUAUAUAAAGUUAUGUACAAAUUUAAAAUAUUUAAAAGAAAAAUAUUAUGUAUAUAUACCAUUCAUUAUAUUUGAAUCACAAACAUUAAUGUUAAAUAGUGGUAUAUUAUUAUUAAACAAAAUUGUUAAUAUAAUUUUAGAAAAUAAUAUAUUAAUAAAAUUAUUUAAUUUUGAAAAUUUAAAAAAUAUAUAUUCUAAAAAAAAUAAUACCAACUCCUAUAGCCAAAAUAAAGACAUAUUCCAAGUUAAGACAUUAAGUAAAAUGUAUAAAUUAAUUAAAUGUAUUUCUAAAAUAUUCUAUCCAUUAAAAAAUCAAAAUAUUAUGAACAUGAAUUUCCAUAAUAACUAUAACAUGUUAGACACUAAAAUUUUAGGGAAAUUUAUUAUAGUAUGUAAUGAUGUAUUAAUGAAAUAUGUAGACUAUUUUGUUUUCAUAAUAAAUAAUCAAAACGAUAACCCUAUAAAUAUGAAAACUGGGGAUACUACAAAUAUACUUUAUACUGAUAAUAAAAAAAUGGAUAAAAUACAAAUAAGAGACGAAAUAAUGAUGAAAUAUAAAAAUGAGUUUAUAUUUGUUUACAACUGUUUGAAAAGUUCGUUAGUUUCUUUAAUUAAAUUAGACCUAAAAAACAAGUACUUGUAUGAAUGGCUAAAUAAAAAUAUUAGCAUUUUUCAAUUUAAGAAAUUUCAUUCUGAAAAAAAAAAUGAUAAUGUAGAAGCAUAUUUAGGGGGUGAAGAUUCCAUACCUGAUACUUCAGAUAGAAAUUAUGAAGAAGAUAAUAAUUUUGAGAAAAAAAAUAACAGUCAUGAAUAUAAAAAUGAGAAUCAAGAGUGUAACGAGCAAGGAUUACACACACUCGAUUCUCUCCAAACAGUCAAAGAAUCUACAAAAUCAGAUGUAUGUCUAGAUGUACUAGCAUUAAGUAAAUUCACAAAAUUAUACAAUUCGAAUAUGAAGAGGAAAUUAAUAGAAAAUGUUAAAGAUAGUAUUGAAAAAUCUAUAAAACGAUUUGAGAGUAUUUAUGGAAAUGAUUCUAUCGCAAAUAAUACAAAAUAUCCAAGCUAUAUAGCAACUAAUGAUAUAUAUAUAAUAAAUGCAAAAGGCAUAGAAGAAUUAUAUGAUAAAGAAACACGAACUUUUUUUAAAAAUAAUAAAAAUAUAGAAUUCCAUAAUGUAAUUAUGCCAAAACAAUUAUCAAUAUUUAUAAAUUAUUUAGGAAGAAAUUAUUAUUUAAUUAAUAAAAAUAAAUUAGAGAGAAUAUUUUUUAUAUCAUUAAAAUAUAUUAAUAUAACGCGAUUUAAUUAUUUUACUUCAAAUGAUAUUAUACAUUUUUUACAAGGACUAUUAAAUUAUAUUAGUCUACAUAAUAAUUUAGAGUUUAUUUCUGAACAUGUUAACAAAAUGUUGGAAACAUUAUGCUAUAUUAUUGAAGAUUCAUUCUUAAAAUGGAAAUCUUCAAAUAUUUGUCAAUUAAUUUAUUUAUUGGCACGAUUUAAGUAUAUACAUAAAAAUAUAUUUAAUAAAUUUGAUGCUUUCCUAAAUAUUGUUAAAUUUCCAAGUUAUGUAUACAAAAAAGCAAAUAUAGACUAUCCGAUGGACAAAAAAGAUGGUAUUUCUUCCAUUAGAAGUAAAGAUGUUAAUAGAGAGGAAGAAUAUAAUAGUAUACCCAAUGAAAAAGGGGGAAAAUAUAAUGAAAAUUUUGUGGAAUUUGAUGAAUAUGAUGAAUUAUUGAAAAAUAUUAACAUCUCAAUAAAUGAAAUUAAGUAUGAAAAUUUAGGAUCCGCAAUGUGGGCUAUGACUGCACUUAAUAAAAAUGUAGUUAAAAAAAAACAUUAUUUGAGAUUUUUUUAUUUAUUUUCUAUAUAUUUUUCUUUGCACAUUAAAUUGUACUUACAAAGUGGCCAUUUAAAAAGCGAAAAUGCUACUUCAGAUAAUAUGAAAAAAGUAAAAAGUGGAAUAGAAAAUAGUACUAGCGAACAUGAUGAGUAUAAUCAGGAUUUAAAAUUUUUUCAAAAAAAUUCAUCAUAUUUUAAAACUUCAUUGGAUACUAUGACAAUAAGUAUAUAUGUAAACACAUUUAUAAAGAAGAUAAAAAUUGGGUUUCAAUUUCUGUAUGAAGCUAUUCAUAACUGUGUAGGUAUUAUCGAUGUAUUCACAUUAAAGGAGAUUUCCUAUUUAUUACAUUCCUUAGCACAUGUAAAUAAAAAAUCGAUACAGGACACUAUUUUUUUGUAUGAUAAAAAUGAAAAUAAUUCUGAACGUACAGGUGAUUUGGAGCAAAAUAAAAAAUUUAAUGAUUUUUUAAAUAUAGCUAGCUCAUUAUAUAUUGUAGAAACUGAAAAUUUGUUUGAAAUAAAAGAAAAAAAUUCCCCUAAAUUGAAAAAUUAUAAAGGAAGCGAUAUGUCUACAAUAGAAAAAAAUGGUGUCAAUGCAAAUUUAGAAAAUUCUAAUAAUAAUAAUAAUGUGAUUAAAGUAGUGGAAAAUAAUACAAAUUUAUAUCCAAAGAAUAAUGUAAAACAUAUUUUAAGAAAAGAUAUUUUUUUAAAUUUUAAAAAUGAAAGAAUAAAUUUGUCAAACGAGUUUUUAAAUAAAUUAAUGGAAAAAAUAAUUUAUUAUACUUCAUAUAUUCUUGAUAAAAAAAAAAACAAUUUUGAUGAAACGAAUGAAAAUAAUAAAAUAUAUAUAAGUAAUGCUAAUAAAAAAUAUAAAAUCGAAAUUAUUGAUAUAAUAAAAUUAAUAUAUAGCUUUUUUAUUUUCUUAAAUCAAAAAAUACAAAUAAACAAAACUAAAGAUAUUAAUUUUGUUCAAGUAGAAAAUAUAAUACAUCAAUACAAUUUAAUUGUUAAAAAAAUACUUACUUCUUUUAAUUAUAUUUAUUUAAUAAUUGAUACAUAUUCGUUGAUAAGCAAUAUAUAUAUUCUCGAUGAUUUUACCCGAGGAAUAAUAAAGGAGUUCGUCCAAAUAUGUAUAAAAAAAAUUGAGGAGGAAAAAAUGUUCGAUGUUGAAAAAAAAAAAAUACUUCUAAGCAUACAAAAUUUAAAGGAGACGAAUAAUUAA